AUGACGCCUCAUAGUGAUGUCGCAGCUUUUCAUCGCGUGCUCCAGUCUAGUCGCCGCGUCAUGAUACUCUGCGGAGCCGGCCUGUCAGUCGCAUCCGGUCUGCCAACCUUUCGCGGUGCCGAUGGCUACUGGCGACACCACGAUGCCACUCGACUAGCGACAAUGCAAGCUUUCAGGACCGAUCCAGGCCUAGUCUGGUUGUUUUACGGUUAUCGUCGACACACAUGUUUAAAGGCCCAGCCGAAUGCCGGUCAUCGAGCCUUGGCCGCCCUCGCCAAGGCAAACCCAAAUGUUCUAUGUCUAAGUCAGAAUGUUGAUGAUCUUUCGCAGCGUGCUGGCUUUCCACCCCAGAAUCUCCACACUCUGCACGGAUCUCUUUUCAACAUCAAAUGCUCCAACGAGGCGUGCUCCUGGAUGCAGAUUGGCAAUUACGAUGAUCCCUUUUGCGAAUCGUUAAUCGAAGCUUCCAGGGAUGCACCACCAGGUCAGAAACUUCCACUAUUGGACCCAUAUCAUCGCAUCAGACAUGUACCGGAAGAGGAGCUUCCCAAGUGUCCUCAAUGCAACACUGGGCUACAGCGUCCUGGCGUCGUCUGGUUCGGCGAGAUGCUUGAUCCGAACAUGAUGGCGAGUAUCGAAAGCUGGCUAGAUGAGGGUAAAGUGGACCUUAUGCUGGUCAUCGGCACGUCGGCUCAGGUAUACCCCGCAGCAGGCUACAUCGACGAAGCACGCGACAGGGGCGCCGUUGUGGCUGUAAUCAAUCCUGAUGCCGAGAACGAUGACCAACUUGAAAAGAUAGGACCAAACGACUUUGCUUUUGGACAAGACGCUGCGACAUGCUUGCCGGUGCUUCUCGAACCAAUCAUUGGCAAAGCACAAGCUAACGGCGAAUUUGCACGAUGA